AUGGUGCGGCCGGUUAGACAUAAGAAACCAGUCAAUUACUCACAGUUUGAGGACUCUGAUAGCGAUGAUGAUUUUGUUUCUGCAACUAUACCUUUAAACAAGAAAUCUAGAACAUCAUCAAAGGAGUCAAAACAAGAUAAACCAAAACCUAUGAAGAAUCCCCAGAAAGAAGACAUUCAACUACAAGACAAGACCCCUAAAAAAAGGAUGACCUUAGAUGAAAAAGUCUUCCAGAGAGGCUUAGAAGUGGCUCUAGCUUUGUCAAUGAAGGAACUUCCAACAGUCCCCAAUGAUGUACAGAAGUCUCAAAAUAAAAGCAUUGAAAAACACGGCAACAGUGAAACAGAAAUAAUGAAUAAAUCUCAUAUAUCUAAUUGCAGUGUAACCAGUGAUUAUUUAGAUUUGGACAAGAUCACAGAGGAAGAUGAUGCUCUUGGUGUUCAAGGGAAAAGAAAAGCAGCAUCUAAAGCUGUGGCUCAGCAGAGGAAGAUGCUUUUGGAAGGCAGUGAUGGUGAUAGUGCUGAUGACACCGAGCCAGACAUUGCAACUGGUGAUGAUUCUGAGGAGGAUUCUGAUUUUGAUGAGAGUGAAGAUAAUGAUGAAGACUUUACUAUGAGAAAAAGUAAAGUUAAAGAAAUUAAAAAGAAAGAAGUGAAGGUAAAAUCCCCAGUAGAAAAGAAAGAGAAGAAAUCUAAAUCCAAAUGUAAUACUUUGGUGACUUCAGUAGACUCUGCUGCAGCUGCUAUCAAAUCAGAAUCUCAGACUUCACCUGAGGAAGCUUAUCAUUCUUUGGAGGUCACUAGGAAACCAUUGCAAAUACACAGUCCUUCAGCUGAAAUCAAGAGACCGAAGUGGGUCCCACCAGCUUCAUCCGGAAGUAGCAGCAACAGCAGCAGUCCAAUGGCAGGAGUUUCCAUUAGGUCCCCAAAUCAGAGUCUCCGCCUUGGCUUAUCCAGAUUAGCACGAGUUAAGCCUUUGCAUCCAAAUGCCACUAGUAGCCGAGUGUGGUAGCAAAGAAAUGUUUGAUAGAAUAACAGUUUUAAAAGUGUAUUUAUAUUUGACUUGUGUUUAAGAUUAAGGAGGAUAUUGUAAUAUAGAAGAAUCCUUUAACAUGUCACAUAAAUGAUCUUUAUCUGUUUUGUAAUUAUGUUCUCUAAAGAGCUCUUCAAGACUUCAAAAAGAGGUUUGUUCAUAAGAAAUACCUUCUCAUGUCAUUCCUUCUGAAGAGCUGUUCUGUUUUCUUAU